AUGGCGACCGCAAUUGCUCGCGUUCGGGCGGUAGCCAAGCUCCCCGGACAGUUUCGUGCCUUCAGCUCGACUCCCAUCGCGGCUUCCGCAACUGGAGGAGUAAAGCGAUUGGGUGUCAUCGGUGCUGGGCAGAUGGGACUCGGCAUCGCUCUUGUGGCGGCCCAGAGAGCACAAGUCCCAGUGACGUUGGUUGAUGCCAACAAGGCGGCCCUCGACAAGGGACUGUCGUUUGCUGAGAAGCUUCUUGCAAAGGAUGUAUCCAAGUCCCGGAUCACUCAGGAACAGGCCGACCAGGCCCGCUCACUCCUCUCUCCGGCUACUUCCCUUGAUGAGCUAUCGGAUGUGGACUUUGUGAUUGAGGCCGUUCCCGAGAUCCCCAACCUCAAGUUCGAGAUCUUUGCCAAACUUGCCGAGGUCUGCCCCAAGCAUGCCAUUUUGGCCACCAACACAUCAUCCAUCUCCAUCACCCGGAUUGCGGCCUCGACGACCAAGGACCCUACAGACACCUCUGCCAGCUCCCGCGUCGUCUCAACCCACUUCAUGAACCCGGUCCCCGUCCAGAAGGGCGUCGAGAUCAUCAGCGGCCUGCAGACCAGCCAGGAGACGCUCGACAAGGCCAUUGCUUUCUGCAAGGCCAUGGGCAAGGUCACCUCCGUCUCGGCGGACUCGCCCGGGUUCCUCGCCAACCGCAUCCUCAUGCCUUACAUCAACGAGGCCGUCAUCUGCUUGGAGACCGGCGUCGGCGACAAGGAGUCCAUCGACGCCAUCAUGAAGAACGGCACAAACGUGCCAAUGGGCCCGCUGCAGCUCGCCGACUUCAUCGGCCUCGACACGUGUCUCGCCAUCAUGAAGGUCCUCUACGAAGAGACUGGCGACUCCAAGUACCGACCCAGCGUGCUGCUGCGCAAGAUGGUCGAUGCCGGCUGGCUGGGCAAGAAGAGCGGGAAGGGCUUCUACGAUUAUUGA